GCUGUAAAGCCCAUGAUUUGUUUUCGAUGGGUGCAAAGUAUGUUUAAGUGCAUUAACCGAACGGCCCAGAUCACCAGAUAUCUCAAGUCAACAGGAAGCAGCGUCUGUGUUAACCAAGAUUUUAGGCUGGUGUCAUCCUUACCUCUCAGAAUGACGGAACCAGCUGUGAGGAGGGUGAUCACCGAUAUAAUUCGGUCUCCUGAAGACAGACGGGACUACCGGGGCCUGGAGUUCAGAAAUGGACUCAAAGCGAUGCUCAUCAGCGACCCGACGACCGACAAAUCAUCAGCCGCACUGGAUGUGCACAUAGGUUCCCUGUCUGACCCAGAGAACAUCUCAGGCCUGGCCCAUUUCUGUGAGCACAUGCUGUUUCUGGGAACAGAAAAAUACCCCAAGGAGAACGAAUACAGCCAGUUCCUCAGCGAGCACGCAGGAAGCUCCAACGCCUUCACCAGUGGCGAGCACACCAACUAUUACUUCGACGUUUCCCAUGAGCACUUGCAAGGAGCAUUAGACAGGUUUGCCCAGUUCUUCCUGUGCCCUCUGUUCGAUGAGAGCUGUAAGGACCGGGAAGUGAAUGCCGUCGACUCCGAACACGAGAAGAACCUGAUGAAUGACGCCUGGAGGCUGUUUCAGCUGGAGAAAGCCACCGGAAACCCAGAACACCCAUUCAGUAAAUUUGGAACAGGCAACAAACUAACACUUGAAACCAGACCCUCUAAAGAAGGGGUCGAUAUCCGUCAGGAACUGCUGAAGUUUCACUCUACGUAUUAUUCUGCUAAUCUGAUGGGACUCUGCGUGUUGGGAAGAGAGUCUCUUGAUGAAUUAACCACGAUGGUGGAAAACCUGUUUGGAGAAGUGGAGAACAAGAACGUGCCGAUCCCAGAAUUCCCCGAACAUCCGUUUCAAGAAGAGCACCUUAAACAAUUCUACAAAGUGGUUCCCGUCAAAGACAUCAGGAACCUGUAUGUCACCUUCCCCAUCCCAGACCUGCAGAAGUACUACAAGUCGAACCCGGGACAUUAUCUGGGUCACCUGAUCGGCCAUGAAGGACCCGGCAGUUUGUUAUCCGAGCUCAAGUCCAAAGGUUGGGUGAACACGCUGGUCGGAGGGCAGAAGGAAGGAGCCAAAGGAUUCAUGUUCUUCAUCAUCAACGUCGACCUGACGGAGGAGGGGCUCUUGCAUGUUGAGGACAUCAUCUUCCACAUGUUCCAGUACAUCCAGAAGCUUCGCACCGAAGGGCCUCAGGAAUGGGUGUUUGACGAAUGCAAGGAUCUCAGUAAAGUCGCCUUCAGGUUUAAGGACAAGGAGCGCCCUCGCGGCUACACCUCCAAAGUCGCCGGUUUGCUGCAUUAUUAUCCUUUGGAGGAAGUUCUGGCAGCCGAGUAUCUUCUGGAGGACUUCAGGCCGGAUCUGAUUGAGAUGGUUCUUGAUAAACUGCGGCCAGAAAACGUCAGAGUUGCAGUGGUGUCGAAGUCCUUCGAAGGGCAGACGGACCGAACCGAGGAGUGGUACGGCACGCAGUACAAGCAGGAAGCCAUCUCUGAAGAAAGCAUCAAGAACUGGGCAAACGCAGACCUGAACGGGAAGUUCAAGUUGCCAAUGAGAAACGAGUUCAUCCCAACUAACUUUGAGAUUUACCCUCUGGAGAAAGACUCUCCUUCGGUUCCGACUUUAAUCAAGGACACUGCAAUGAGCAAGGUGUGGUUUAAACAAGACGACAAAUUCUUCCUCCCAAAGGCCUGCCUGAACUUUGAGUUCUUCAGCCCGUUUGCAUACGUGGACCCAUUGCAUUGUAACAUGGCGUAUUUGUACCUGGAGCUCCUCAAGGACUCCCUCAACGAGUAUGCAUAUGCAGCCGAGCUAGCAGGCUUGAACUAUGACCUCCAAAAUACCGUCUAUGGGAUGUAUCUUUCGGUCAAAGGUUACAACGACAAGCAGCACAUCCUGCUGAAGAAGAUCAUCGAGAAGAUGGCGACCUUCGAGAUCGACGAGAAGCGCUUCGACAUCAUCAAAGAGGCAUACAUGAGAUCUUUGAACAACUUCCGAGCCGAGCAGCCUCACCAGCACGCCAUGUACUACCUCCGCCUGCUGAUGACCGAGGUCGGGUGGACCAAAGACGAGCUCAGAGAGUCGCUCGAUGACGUAACUCUCCCCCGCCUCAGGGCGUUCAUACCUCAGCUGUUGUCACGAUUACACAUCGAGGCUCUGCUCCAUGGCAACAUCACCAAGGAGUCUGCUCUCGGCAUGAUGCAGAUGGUGGAGGACACGCUCAUUGAGCACGCUCACACCAAGCCCCUCCUCCCGAGCCAGCUGAUUCGCUACAGGGAGGUGCAGGUCCCGGACGGUGGCUGGUAUGUUUACCAGCAGAGAAACGAAGUUCACAACCACUGCGGCAUCGAGAUUUACUACCAGACGGACAUGCAGACCACCAACGACAACAUGCUGCUGGAGCUGUUCUGCCAGAUCAUCUCUGAGCCCUGCUUCAACACGCUGAGAACCAAAGAGCAGCUGGGCUACAUCGUGUUCAGCGGGCCCCGCCGAGCCAACGGCGUGCAGGGCCUGCGCUUCAUCAUCCAGUCGGAGAAGGCCCCCCACUACCUGGAGAGCCGGGUGGAGGCGUUCCUGCGCACCAUGGAGAAGGCGCUGGAGGACAUGAGCGAGGAGGCCUUCCAGAAGCACAUCCAGGCCCUGGCCAUCCGCCGCCUGGACAAACCCAAGAAGCUGUCCGCCGAGUGCGCCAAGUACUGGGGGGAGAUCAUCUCCCAGCAGUACAACUUCGACAGAGACAACAUUGAAGUUUCACAUCUGAAGACGUUGACUAAAGAAAACAUAAUGCAGUUUUACAGCGAGCGUCUCACGGUGGAAGCUGCAAAGAGACACAAAGUGUCCGUUCACGUUCUGUCCAGAGAGAUGGACUCCUGUCCGAUAGUCGGAGAGUUUCCUGCCCAGAACGACGUCAACCUGGCCGCUCCGUCCCUGCCACAGCCGACGUUGAUUCAGGACAUGACGGAGUUCAAGAGGAGCCUGCCGCUGUUCCCGCUGGUGAAGCCUCACAUCAACUUCAUGGCUGCCAAACUGUGAGCGAGGGCGGAGAAGCUUCGCCUGCCUGAGGUUCCCCUGACCGUGUGUGUGUGUGGAAUGUGUGUGCAGGCGACGCGCCGUUGCACCAGAAGCAGAAGAAGAGAUGCUCAGUAAGCGAAGAUCCCCCAAAGUUAGCUGUGGUUGUUUUUUAAACUAGCUGUGACUACCAUAGCGGUCUCACCUCACUCUCACGCUGCAGCGCUGCGUAGGCGAAGUAGAACAUGUUCACCAGAAAACUUUAUGCAGGAGCUUCACUUCACCUCUAGGGGGCACAGCCCAAUCCAAGUCAGUAGCUCUACCCAGGCGCUCCGACGUUUUAUUCAGAUGUAUGCAUUUUACGAAGCCUUAUUCUGUCGUUCUUAAAGCUUGCUUGGUGGGGGGGUUUUAUGUGUUGGCGCCCUCUGAGGAGGCCUGAGGGAAGUCGGCACUGCGGCCUCAAAUCUUUGUGCUGCUAUCAUUUUAAAGAUAUUGGUAAAUAUUUGCAGGUCAACGAGCCUCGACACACAUUUACAAACUCUCUUUUCAAUUGUAAGUUAUAAAAUGUGGACAUCAGAGAUCAGCUUUCUACACUUUAACAAAAAUUAUGUCAAAUCUAAUUUCUGUGUUUCUGCUACUAGAACUUUUUGUGCUGCUUUCAUUUUAAAGAUAUUAAUGUUUCCAGGGGUCAAAGGUUAAUGAACCCCACCACAUUUACAAAAGAACUAAAUCUCUUUUCAGUUGUAAUUUAUAUAAUCUGUAAAAAAAAUUAACUCAACUGGCUCCUCUAUUCACAUCAGAAUCAAACAAAAAUUCAAAUAAUUUUAUUUUUGAAGAUGUUGUUUCCAGAGGUCAAGGGUCAACCCACAUUUACAAAAUUAAAUGAAAUGUCUGAAUCAACUGUGCGACAUUGAUGCAGCAAAAAUGUUCAAAGAUUUGUGGAGGUAUAAUUUUUAAGUUUCAGAUCAACUUGCUCUUCCUCCCAUUUUUACAACUCAAACAAAAUUUAUGUAAUUUCAAUGUUUGUGCUGCAAAAAGUUUUAUUUGUGCCGUUAGUUUUUAAAAUUUAAAAUACCAAAAAAAGUAUCAAAAAUGCAUCCUCCAAAACUUUUUUACAACAUUUCUUCUGUUUUGUGUAGUAAGGAUUUUAAAGCUGUUAAUGAUUCAGAGGUCAAAGGUUAGCCACUAAAUUUUAGUUUUUAUUAUUUGUGCUGCAGGAAUUGUGCUGCUAUAAUUAAGAUUAAAAAAAAGCUUCCAGUGUAUGUCCACCACUCCCCACAUUUACACAAUAUCAAUUAAUUGUGCUGCAAAAUGUUUAAUUUGUGCUGCUUCAAUUCUGAGGAUUGUAAAAUGGGUUUCCAGAGACCAACCUGCCCAGCACUCCACAUUAACAAAACUCAAAAUUGAUAAAUUGUUUUGUUUUUGUUUGUUUGUGCAGCUUUUUGCAGCACACUCCUUGACAGGCACAAAAUUAGAUCCUUUGUAAAUGUUGUGGCGCUUUUUGACCUCUGGAAACAUAUUUAAAGUGACAGCAGCACAAACUUCAUUUGAUUUUGUAAAUGCGAGGAAAGGUGAGUUGGUUGACCUUUAACCUCUGGAAACGUCAUCUUUUAAAAUGACAGCAGCACAAACUUUGUGCUGCCAAAACGUUUUUGACUCGAGUUUCAUCUGAUUUUCUUUCCUUUUUCACGGUCGGCCGACUUCUCUCGGGUUUUGCGGAGACGUUUUUAGCCUCUCAAUUAUGCGUCGUCUUUAGGGUUUUAUGAUUGAAACACCUCAGGGGUAAAUCCAUGCUGUCUCUUUUUUUUUUUUUAAUAAAACACGUCAAACCCCGAGACGUUUCCAUGGCGAUCCCCAUACUGUGGAUCCGUUUGUGUGCGCCUUUACGUCGGUCACGUUUCUUUCCAAACGCGUCACUUUGAUGUCAAACGGAGCUGAAAGUAAACGGCUCUGGUUUUAAGAAGUAUUUCCUGAAAAAUAUGCACUUCUCUCACCAAGCAAUAAACGUGAUUGUUGAAGGUGAGAGCGGAGUCUCUCUCUCUCUCUCUCUCUCUCUCAGGUGCUUGCUGCACUUUGUCCCGACUUUUUAUUUUACUGGUUUCAGUCAGCGCCUCGUCCAGGAUUACAUGAGCUUUGAAUGUGUUUGUUCUGCAUCAGAUCUUCUUUGACAUUUUGCUUCGUUUGGGAUUUUGUUCCUUCGUGGUUGAACCCAAAGAUGGCGGCAGCAGCAGAUUUCAGCGCAGCAGAGGAAAAUAUUAAUGACAUUACAUAUCAGGCUUGGGCAGUAGGGGCACAUACGUUGUGAAGUACUUAGAGAGUGGUUUCUAUUUAGAUGUUUUUGAAUGUCGAUGCUCGGCUGUAAUUGGCUGGUUGGGUUUCCGGGCGAAUAAUUUUAGGUUUGAAGUUUUUAUGUUUUUUUUUUCU